UAUUACCAGAUGAAAAAUAUUGAAAAUGAUCAAUAGAUGACGAGAGAUAACAAUUAAUCGCAUUAGUUUAUUAUUAAUAAAUCAUUAUUACAUAUUAAAUGUUAUUUUCAUCAAGUAUUACGAACACAUGAGAUGCAGCGCGUCUUACAGCGACGUUGGUGUAGCGGCUACACGUGCCGCAGCGUCAAGACCCUCCUGGAGACCAAGCCUGUAGACCAGGCUGUACAAGUACAGGGCUGGGCGAAGGCAAUUCGUCGCAUGAAGAAAUCGGUCUUCUUAGACCUCAACGACGGCUCCACACCGGACAAACUACAGGUCGUGGUACCACACAAGGUGCCCCCGGAGUUGAUGUACCACAGCGGCGUGCGCGUGCGGGGCGUCCUGAGGACCUCAUCACACCCACAGCAGGAGGUGGAGCUACACGCUGACCACGUCCAGGUAGUGGGACGGGUAACGGGCGACGCGGCGUACCCGUUCGCAAUCCGUGGCGCCCACAGCACGGACUACGUACGGCAGUUCAUGCACGUACGUGCACGUACCAACAGCUUCGCCUCUACCAUGCGAUUACGGGCGCUCACGCGCGCAGCGAUGAGCGGACACUUAUCUGACGCAGGCUACGUGCACGUGGACGCGCCCGUGCUCUCCGGCAACGAGUGUGAGGGCGGCGGCGACGUCUUCUACGUCGUCACGGAAGCAGAGAAGAGCAAUCCGGAGGAGAAAUUUUUCGGCUCGGACGCCUUCCUCUCCGUGUCGGGGCAGCUGCACCUCGAGGCGCUCGCUAACGGACUGUCGCGGGUGUUCACCAUCAACCCCGCAUUCCGCGCCGAAGCGUCGCUGGGGCGGCGACAUUUGGCAGAGUUUUGGAUGGUGGAGGCCGAGGAGGCCUUCCUGGAGGGGGAGGAGGGGCUGCAGACCUUGCUGGAGAGAGUGGAAGACCUCGUGCAGACCUCCCUCACCCGCGUCCUGGGGUCUGGCCAGCAAGACCUCGUCCAGCACUGGCAGCUCGCUGGAGGGAAGCGUGAGGUGUUGUGUUUCGACUUGCUGCUGCCGGAGGUGGGGGAGGUGGCGGGGGGGAGUGUGAGGGAGCCCUGCCCCCUACAGCUGCGUGCCAGGUCCCCUCCCUCACAACAGCUGCAGUGGUACGUGCAGCUGCGGGAGUGGGGAGGAGUCCCCACCGCGGGGUACGGCUUGGGGUUCGAACGGCUGCUGCUAUUCCUCACGGGGGUCCAGAACAUUAGGGAUGUGAUCCCUUUUCCCCGCUGGCCUCUGCAUUGUCCUCAUUAGUUGGGGAAGACAAUAUUCAACGGGAAUGAAUGUUACCCCGAAUUAUCUCGGGAAGAUAGCGGGAUGGCCGCAAAUAGUGAUGAAAAUUGUACGGUUUCGCUGAUAUUUCCCCUUCGAAGUUUACCUUCGCCCUGAAAUAUAAUGACUCGAGGAAAUAGUUGACUAAAUUCAGAACUAUUCACAGGCUACGAAGCUAUAGCCACUGUCAACUUGACAGGUCAGUCAAGUGAUGCUCGAAAAUUGACAUAUUUACUUGGAAAAUUUUGGAGAUAUCCGUGGAGAAUUUGCGAAGAAAGCGUUGUUUCUUUCUGUACAUCAAGCAGCAUGAUAUUAAAUAAUAAGAAAAACUUGUAUAGGUAAAAUAAAUUUAUUUCGUACGACUCAUUUCGUCGGGAAGUUUCUUUCCCUUACACACAAUAAGCAAGGAUUCU